AUGACUGGACUCUCAGGGAAAAAUCUGCACUUCGGCAACAGUUUCCUGCACUCCCGAGGUGAAGACGAAGAUGCCUUUGCCAAGCUUGGCUCUUCCGUGAAGAAGAGACGAACCGUGGAGCGCUGCGGGCCCGCGGAGCAAGCCAAAGUGACCCAUCUUCUCACCAAAUGGGGCUCCCUGGAUGACGUGCUCCUCAGGCAUGUUUUGGAGGGAUUGAAGCUGCCCGAGCUCGAUAUCUUGAACAACUCGGGGUAUUUGCCCGAUAAGUUCAAUGCAUGGAAGUCCUGCGCCGACCUCACCGCCAUGCACAUUGCGGGCAUGCGCGAGCGGAACACGGCCGGUGGCGGAGCACUUGAUGCGAUCGCGGCCUUCAGGUUUAAUUGGAAGCUGGACGGCACGACGGAUCCCAUCCUCCGCAAGCUCAGCCAUAAGGACUUACGCUAUGUGCUGACACACUAUGAUGGUGAAAGAGCAGCUUGCCAUGCAUUGCCACGCGAGGACUUGCCGAGUCUGAUCCAAGAGGCCGUCGACUCAGAGCCGGAGGUUGCAGCGACUGGAGUUGCAGCGACGGCACCGGGUUGCACGGCUCUGGGCCGGUUUACUCGAUUGGAGCUGAUCGAUCCGGAAGCGGACGCAGCGGUCUUCGGAGAUGCCAACUUGAGAACCUCGUGCGGCAUCGCAAGGCAGGGACGAUGGGCUCGGGCGUGGUACCGUCGGGGUGUGGACGGUGGGAAGCUCCGGUCGAACAAGGCCUUGGGUCAUGUGGGCCGGGUGAUUGCCACCACCUUCGAGUCGCUGGAGGUGCUGCGCGAACGGUAUGCAGAGAUCGAUGAGACCAUCGCGGAGCUGGAGAAGGAUUUUUCCGAAGUCUACCACGAGGUGGACUGUACGAGGAUAGCUGUCCAUCCGCAAUUCAAAGACCUGGAAGGCUCUUUGGGAGCUGUUUACUACAACUUCCCGCACGCAGGAGCUGUGGGCGGGUUCUUCGAUGGCCACCCACUGGUCAACUGGCGUCAUGAAAACUUGAUGCGACUCUUUUUCCGCGCCCUGCGCGCGUACGUGAAGCCUGGCGGGAUCGUCAAGGUGGCAUCCAACCAGGGAGCUGUGGGAGUUCGAUAUUCCUACAUCAUUUGCUCCGCGGUGGAGAACGAGUUCCGCCACACGGAGACCAUGCCGUUUCUGCAGUGGAGCCUGCACCGCUAUGGUCGCUCCUAUGGAGAUCGGCGGGACACCUAUCGACGGCCGGAUGAAGGAGAAGGCUACAAUGUCCAACGGGCCGAGAAGGAUAUGGUGUACACCUUUAUCUAUCAGCCCACCGGACAGGCGCUGGCCCCGCAAGACAUCCGUCUCCCUCCCACGUUUAGGACCAUCGAGGCCUGCCCUGAUGGGCCCUUCGAUGGGAUGUCCGGGGAGUCGCGGAAGAACUUGGCGAAGCAGCUUUACAGACGCUUUAUGCUGGAAUGCUCUGGGACUCACGUGGGUUAA